AUGUCGUGGAACACUGCCAAAAAGCGGUUCCAGAGGGACAUAGACAAGUACCCAAAGGCGUUACGUGAUGUCUACCUCGCCAAGACAAACAGGUACACCCUUCCCACGUUUGAAACGAAGCAGUGGCCCAUUCCCAAAAAUCAGCGUCGCAACGACCUCGCCAAGAUCGGAUUGGCUAGCGGAGAUUUGGCGUAUAUAACCGAGGGCGAGAAGAAAGGAACCAUCUCCAAAAUCUUCCAGUACUCUCCUGAACUUGACUCGGUGCUUUUGGCCGACGUAACUUCCAAAAAACUCAUUCCUCCUCAGAAUUGGGUCGAGCACCAGAACAGUCAUCUCAUGGAUUACCCAGAAUAUGUUCCACGUAGCUCCAUCAAAAUUGCCGCCAAGGACAAGGAUGAGAACGGCAAGGUGUACUAUGUGGUGGCUGACGAUAUAGAGUAUCGUGACAAGUAUUACGACGACAGGUACAAACAAUGGCUUCCUCGCAGGUUUGUCAAGCAUCAUAAAACCAUCGAAAUUCCAUGGCCCAAUCCUCCGCUGGAGCCCAAGGAUGACUAUCUCUCCACCAAGGAACCAGUGGUGCUUGAAAAGACCUACGAACUUCAAUCCUUGGCUAUUUCACCAGUUCCAGCAGAUGCUCUCUCGCAAUUGAGAACUCCAUAUUCCCGCCAUAAAAAGAGAGUGCUCACUGAAAUCCAAGCCAGAAAGAUGAAUGCACCCUCCAUGCCGCUCUCUGACGAACAGAAGAUAUAUCUCGCCAAAAAAGCGGCAGAACCUCCAAAGACAUACAAGCCUCUUAGUGAUGAAAUCAAAGAGUUUAUUGGCGAACGCAUUGCUGCUCACAUGGAGACGAUAGAGAGUCCCGCUAUGAAGCGCCACUUGGAGGCGUUGUCUCAACAAAAGAUCCCCAAAGACCCCAAAAUCCAAGAGUAG